AUGGAAAAAAACGUUAGAGAUGAACAAGAAGUAGACUAUGGAUUUGUAGAAAGUAAACGACUUUCUAAUGUCCAAAGUGUUGACUAUACACAAUGGGGAAUUGAUCCAAAAUUGUUUGAUGGUAUAGAAAUCAAUAAAAUUGAUGCUUUGAAAAUUUGGAAUACUACCCAACAAGGUGAAAUCAUCAAACAACCCCCUACCCAACACUCAAUAAAUAAAGGACAAGAGCUUGUCAGAGUUCUAUUAUUUUAUCAAUUGUGCUCUUUUUGUUUAAAAUGUUUUUACAAAGAGUUGUCUUCUACUACACUCCAAACUCGUUAUGAAAAAGUUAUCUGUGAUUGUUUUAACUAUGUAGAAAAACAAAUCUCUUCUGAACCAAUUGCUCAUCAUCCUUUGUGGGAACAAAUACUUAAAGAACUUAAAAAAGCAAUAACGCAAUUUAAAAAAAAAUAA